UUCCCUGUCAACGUGAAAGAUGCUUUAAUGCUUUAUUGCCAAAUCCAGCAACCGCAACGGCAAGCAUUUGCUUACCCCAAAACGGCGUCGCUUCCCACCUUGACUCGUCAAGUCUUCCUCCUUCCACUCUCUAUAAACCCCUGCUAAAACCAGAUCUCACUCUCACCCAUCUCGCUCGCUCACUCACUCGAAAUGGCGAGUCGAUUCGUUCUUGUGUUUGCACUCAGUGCUCUCCUCUUCUUCUCCCGCUCAGCUCUCUGCAAGGACUCAAAUCCAAUCGACGACGACGACGACGAUCUCAGCUUCCUUGAGGAGCCAACCGACCAAAACGACGCCGCACCGCACUAUCCGGAUCCGGACCAUUACGAUGAAGACAAUUACGACGAUCUCGAGAAUUUCUCCGAUUUCGACGAGGGCGGCGGCGAUCAUGAGGACGCGUAUAAGGAGCCGGAGGUGGAUGAGAAGGACGUCGUCGUUUUGAAGGGGACGAACUUCAGCGACACGGUAGAGAAGAACAGGUUCGUCAUGGUUGAGUUCUACGCGCCGUGGUGCGGACACUGCCAGGCCUUGGCUCCGGAGUACGCGGCUGCAGCCACCGAGCUCAAGGGCGAAAAUGUAAUUUUGGCCAAAAUUGAUUCCACUGAGGAAAACGAGCUAUCUCAGGAGUAUGGCGUCGAGGGUUUCCCUACUGUGUUCUUCUUCAUUGAUGGUGUUCACAAGCCUUACACAGGUCAAAGGACCAAAGAGGGCAUAGUUACAUGGAUCAAGAAGAAGAUAGGACCUGGUAUUCAAAAUGUGACCACAUUGGACGAGGCGGAACGCAUAUUGACUUCUGAAAGUAAAGUCGUUUUGGGCUACCUUAAUUCUUUGGUGGGUCCCGAGAGUGACGAGCUUGCUGCUGCUUCAAGACUUGAAGAUGAUGUCAACUUUUACCAAACAGUGGAUCCUAAGGUGGCAAAACUUUUCCAUCUUGACCCUGAAGUUAAACGACCUGCUUUGAUCCUGCUUAAGAAGGAGGCUGAGAAGCUAAGCUAUUUCGAUGGUAAAUUUGAGAAGUCUGCAAUUGCCGAGUUUGUCUUUGCGAACAAGCUUCCUUUAGUCAUCACUUUUACUAGGGAAAAUGCCCCUCAAAUUUUUGAAAGUGAAAUCAAGAAGCAGCUUUUGCUCUUUGCCACUUCAAAAGAUUCAGAGAAGGUUCUCCCAGAUUUUCAAGCGGCAGCAAAACUUUUCAAAGGAAAGCUUAUCUUUGUAUAUGUGCAAACGGAUAAUGAAGAUAUUGGAAAGCCAGUUUCAGAUUAUUUUGGUAUCACUAGUGAUGCUCCAACGGUUCUUGGGUACACCGGAAAUGAUGAUUCUAGGAAAUUUGUUCAUGAGGGAGAAGUGACCUUGGCUAACUUAAAGGCUUUUGGGCAGGAUUUUAUAGAAGAUAAGCUUAAACCUUUCUUUAAGUCAGACCCAAUUCCAGAAACUAAUGAUGGGGACGUGAAAAUAGUGGUUGGGAAUAACUUUGAUGAAAUUGUCUUGGACGAGUCAAAGGAUGUUCUUCUUGAGAUUUAUGCACCAUGGUGCGGGCAUUGCCAAUCUUUGGAGCCAACCUACAACAAGCUUGCCAAACAUCUACGAGGCAUUGAUUCUAUUGUUAUAGCCAAGAUGGACGGAACCACAAAUGAGCAUCCCAGGGCAAAGGCUGAUGGGUUUCCCACACUUCUAUUCUUCCCAGCUGGAAAUAAGAGCUUUGAUCCAAUUUCCGUAGAUGCUGAUCGUACAGUGGUGGCAUUCUACAAAUUCCUCAAGAAAAACGCAUCAAUUCCUUUCAAGCUCCAAAAGCCAACUUCAACUCCAAAAUCCGAGGCGGUAUCUGAUGCUAAAGAGAGCCAAGAGAGCAGCAGCAGCACAAAUGAUUUGAGGGAUGAAUUAUGAGGAAUUUGAAUGUGUGUAUUAGCGAUUUGUCUGUCUAGUAUGUGCCAUCAUCAAUGUGGUAGAAAAGAGAUAGUUGUCACAUAGAAGAGAAAAUAGAGAGAUCAGAAAUGAGAAUCUCAAAUCCGCCGCAAUUUAAACCCGAACAGAUAUCCGGAAAAAACAAAAUAGGUGUAUCCUUCAGCUUGCAAGUUUUGAAUGUAUUGUUUAAGAAAUUCCAGCUGAAUUAUUUAAUAAUAGCACCUUCCUCCUUCUUCCCCUCU